AUGUCAUCACGGCCGGGCUCCUCGCGAGCGGAUGCCAUAUCUGCACUGAUGACUAUGAGCCAAUCGGUUACACGAGUGGGAUACGUUCCAGCGGAGCUUCAAAACACAUUGAGCAAAGGACUUCAACGACCCGUAUAUGCAUCUCCUCCACACUUCUUUUCUCAGAAAAAUCUCCGGUUAAACCAGCAGCAACAGAGAUCACCAAUCCGUACCAUUUAUCAGAGACCAAAAAGAUUUUCCUCCGAGGGCCCCCAGCCAUCUGUCUAUGUACGCAAUCUGGCCAACGAGAUUAGAACAACGUCAUCACCAGAACACUUUCGUCGAUAUCCCAAGCAAUCGUUCCACACAAGUCAAUCUGCAACCAUUACCUAUAAAAUUGCGUUAUCGAACCAUCAGACAAAGCUUAUGCAUAUUCCUUCAGAUACCAGAGAUGCUAAGGCGUCUAAAGAGACGGAUAGUUGCAGCGUUGGAGGGUUUCGCCCUAUAGACCCAUCUGCUGCUGCGUUAGUCAAUACAAAGGCCUCCGGUCCUGAUUUGCGAAAGCAUGAACAAUCACAGGAAGACAUCCAAGAAACAUUUCUCACAGAACCGCCCGUUGAUUCCAUUCAUAUAAACGAGGCUCCAAGGUCACCGUCACCGCUUGCGCAACAGCUCUUGGAUGAUGAGGCGCUCACCGAAGAGGCCAGGUACUUGUACCCAAAAGUGCUUACUCCAGAUCGUCGCCGUCUUGAUCGCUAUAUUCAGGCGUCCCAUGGAUAUGUGGGGAAAGAGUUUAUAGAGGUCACCGAGAAACAUAGUGUUGGGCAAAAGAGACUUGUUGCAGAAAAAUACAACAGUGAAUAUAUCAAUAAGCUCCCAUCAUCUCACCACAAGAUAGAGAAGUCAAGUAUAUCAAAGCGCAACAGCAACAGGGGCUCAUCUCUACCUUAUGACCCUUCAUCAUCUAAGCAGCGAGGUCAUUCUGAAUAUUCCCAAGCAUCCAUAUCUACCGUGCAGAAACAGCGGGAUAAUAGAGCAAAUGUUCAGGUCGAACUCAGCAAGCUCGCGUGGGAGGACGCUUUUAUAAGGAAAAUCGAUCUCAUGACUGGCGCUCAAUUAGAGAAGCCCGAAUCUUCUACAAAGCCACAGGAGAAAGUCUCUGACUCACCACACCAGUCCCAAAAGCGCUCCACUCCAUAUCCCCACUUGGCAAGCAUGUAUACUGCAAGCGCUGAACGUAAGCAGAGGCCCCGUACAGCUAGGACAAGCAACCUUAAUGAAGUGCGUGAGUUGAUGGUAACGUCUGUGGCGAGACAAGGUCUAGUAAGGAAAAGACCAGUAUCAGCAACCAUCCCACAGACUUCUACACUGCCAUCUACUUCUUCUCUUGAUAACUUAUCAAGCGAUGGCAUUAAGAAGAUGAUUUCUGCAACAAGAUUCAUAUCUAGUGUAACUGCUGCUGCCCCUUCGAAGGCAGAGAUACGAGAUAUGUGCGAAUUCCACAAGAGGACCGCCCGGGACGCCCAGACAGAAAGAAAUGUUUCUCUUCUUAAUCCAAAUGUUGCAGACUUAUUCACACGUCUUGGGGAACAGCGCGCAUGCACAUUUUGCGACCAUUACAACAAGAACAGAGCAGUGGCUUGUAGACUCGUUCUUACACAGAUCUUACACCUAUGCCGACAGCACAUGUGCAUGCAGUACUUUAACUGCAUUUCAGCUGUACACAAUCCCUUCCAAUCUACACAGCUCUUCUUAGAAUGGGAGAAUCACUGCAUAGUAAUUAGAGCGUGUCUGCAGGCGCUCCAUCGCCUUCGGUUUUUCCAUGUUAUCAUGGAUCAGCUCCUGUACCAUCUACCAGAGUCUUUUUUCAAUGAAAUUUCUAAGGCUCCGCUCAAUCAGCUGGGUCUUUCGGCGGAACUCAUACGCUCCUACUUUACCCUCAAGCGAACCACUAGUGAUAGAUACGACGAUAACACGUCGAAUAAACUACUGACCUCAUUGUCGCCCAGACAAGAUAACCCGCAAGUUUCGCUAGACCAAAAACGAUCGGUGGAACCUGAAGCAAGCAUUUCUGCGGGAUUUUUUCCUGACCACAAACAUGUGAUAGACUUAUCGCUUAUAGAGCUAAGCACUGCUGUUUCAGAAAGUGGACAGCAAGGAGGUAUUGCAAACAAUAACAUUACAAACACCAACGCCCGUCUUGCAAAUGUCAAUAUUGGCGCUUUCGAUGCACCAGCUCAUUCAUCUCCCUUACCUGACCAGACAAAACCCCAAUCUAUAGCUACAGACCGACGGUAUCUUGCACCACUUUCCCUAGAAGUAGCAGUUGCCAUUACUAGCAUUCUAGCUGAGAGAUUGAACAUCUUCACCAGAAAGACACAGCGGAAGUCAGGGAUAGACGGCGCUCUUCUCUGUGGAGUCAUUGCUUUUAUUGGGGCAUGCAACUAUGACUGUUACUAUGAGCUCAUAAGCCCAGUACCAUUAGAAGAGCGUUUGAGUACAUUUGCCGGUCCGAGUGUACCGAAGAUUAGAGCAAGAAGCUCUAAUAACCACGGAGAGGCAUCAAUAACGCGUAUCCUGGACUACCUGUGUGUUGAGAUCUUAAGCAUGCUCGUCAAUAGUUAUAAUGAUUCCCUACCCAGUAAUUUAACAUAUACCAAUAAGUCAGCAAAGACACCGUCAACGGCCCCGCGAUUUGAGGUAGUUUCCUCACUCAAUAGGGCGCACCCAAUCAACGCAACAAGCGUAGACUGGCUCCAGCUCAGUCUGUACGAUGGCUUCAUCGCGGCAGUCUCGUCAUUUCGAGCAGCAUGCAACAAAAAUAGAUUCGUCGCCGAGCAUACCUUCUUACUGGAAUUUAAUCCUCAAUUGUCGCACAGAGUGUUUGAGGCGGCCGCAAUAGUCCUGAAAAACAUGCCAGUACAUGUCGCAGCCCAGCAUUUUGACCGUGUGUGCCUAGUCACCUUUUGCACCAUUACCUUUAUCAAAGGGGCCAUAGUCUCGGCCUCUACACGGAAGGUCAUAACGACAAUAUUUCAAGGCGUCAUUCUGAAUGACCCCUACACGAUAGCAAACGGAUACUACUUGUUAUCCACGUGCAUAAGCAUUCUUCUGGAUAUGAGGAUAAUGUGUAGAGAGAGCCAGAGCAAUAACCAGAACAAUGCAGAGAAUAAUCUCAGAUAUCUGUCGUACUUAUUUUCAGAGCUGUGCCUCCUCAGUGGGAUAAUAGUAGAGACACAUUGCUUGAGCCUAGCAUCCGGUAUAGCCUUGGGGAAUAUUCACAUGAUGUUUUCUAAUUAUCCAUCUAAUAUAAACGGUGCACUGCCCCCCUUUAUUUUCUUUUUCAGCGGAGCUGAGGAUGCCAAUCAGACAGAUAUAAAUAUUAAUCAUGAAAAAGCAGGGAUAUAUUUGAAGUACUACGUAGCCUCAUUCGUCAUGAGACUGGGAAUCUCAUAUGCUCGGUGCGCGGGUCGCCUGGACAUGUCCAUUGCAGAAAUCAUCUCCAGUUCUAGCGUUUUUAGGCACUUAUACCAGGAAUACUCUGCGUAUCGUGAAAAGUAUGUCCUCGUAGAUGAGUUUUGCAGGGUUCUGUUCGAGGAGAACAAGGGCCUGAUGCUAAUCGGCUAG